CCCUUUCCUGUCUCCGCCCACUGCACUGUUGUCUUGACAACAGUAUCAACUCGUUGCUAAAGACAAGUUAGCGCUAAUAAUAAUGAGAGCCACUGAGCCGCUAGGUCUAGACUUCAGUUGGUUGUUUCUCUGGAGGUACUGCACCGGUACAAAUUAGACAGGGUCGAGAAAAGCACAAGGCAGGAGACCUCCUGGACAGGGUGCCAACCCAUCAUAGAGCACACACACACACACACACACACACUACAGACAAUAUAGAGAUGCCAGUCAGCCUACAACACAUGUCUUUGGACUGGGGAAGGAAACCCCUGAAGCACAGGGAGAACACGCAAGCUCCACGCACACAGAGCAGAGGCGGAGUUAUGAAUGCACACAACGAGGUGAGGGUGUACGUCCGCACCAGACCCACAGCACAGUUUGCCCAAGAGCUCAUUGAAUGCUUGCCUGAUAAACAGACUGUGAAUGUGCGUCAGAGAAAGAUUUCCAGGAAAGGGGUGCUGAAUAAUCAGAUGAGCUCUUGGUCUUUUCGGCUCAACGGGGUGCUGCACAACAUAUCACAGGAAGACGUCUAUCAACAGGUCGCACACAGUGUGGUGCUUGGAGCUCUCGAGGGAUACAAUGGCACGGUUAUGUGCUUUGGACAGACUGGGGCUGGAAAGACCUUCACAAUGACCGGUGCCACUGAGAGUUACAAACAACGAGGCAUCAUCCCUCGUGCCAUACAGGAGGUGUUCCAUGAGAUCGAUAAUCGUGUAGAUCACACCUUCUCUGUGCACCUCUCCUUUCUGGAGAUUUACAACGAGACUUUGGUGGACCUGCUAGGCUCAGUAAAAGGGGGACAGACGAAGCACUGCGGAACCAUGGCUGUGGUGGAAGAGCCAGAGGGCGGGGUUUCAGUAAAGGGCCUGUCCUUACAUCCUGUUCACAGAGAAGAGGAGGCACUAAACUUGCUAUUUGAGGGAGAGAUGAAUAAAAUAAUAGGAGAACAUGCCCUCAACAAGCACUCAUCCCGGUCACAUUGUAUCUUUACUGUCCACGUUGAGUCUCGCUCUCGCACACUCUCGAAUGCAACGUACAUCACGUCCAAACUCAACCUGGUGGAUCUCGCAGGUUCCGAGAGGUUGAGCAAAACUGGGUCUGAGGGUCAGGUGCAGAGAGAAGCCCUGUACAUUAACAAAUCUCUGUCCUUCCUGGAGCAGGCCAUCUUGGCCUUGGCUGACCGGCGCCGAGAGCAUGUCCCCUUCAGGCAAAGCAAGCUGACACAUGCUCUUAAAGAUUCUCUCGGUGGAAAUUGUAACACAGUGCUGGUGGCCAACAUUUACGGCGAGGCGGCACAGAUUGAUGAGACGCUCUCAACUCUCCGCUUUGCAGCCAGGAUGAAGUGUGUAUGCACCGAGCCAUCUGUCAACACGCACAUCGAUCCUGCUCUCCAGGUCCAAACACUGCAAAAGGAAAUCCAACUUCUGAAGCAGGAGCUUUCCUUUCACAACACACUGGCCAAUCAGGCUGCUGUGACAUACGAGGACCUGUCAGAGGCGCAGCUAGCGGUGGUAAAGAGUGAGGUUCAGAGUUACCUGGCCGGUACACUGGACGAGAUCACGAUUGUGAGCAUUCGACAAAUCCAGGCAGUGUUCGCCCAGUUUAAAAACGCUUUCCAGGAGCAGGAAAAGCAGCUUAAAGCGCAGAAGAGCAUUGUGGUUAAGAAUACUCCGAGCACGUUGUCCAUGUCUGAUGCUAAAGAGCCAGUAGAAGAGAUGGAGGGUGCAAACAGGCUCAGUGUGCCUGCAUCGUCACAGAGACAGUCUGUGUCACCCAGCAGUAGCAAAGGCAAGAAGGUCAAAGAGAGUAGCAGAAAAAAUGGUCAGGGCAACGCAGGCCCAGGCGAUCAUCUCACCAUGACGCAGAGUGAGACGGAGAUCCUCGUUCCUCCUAGUGCGGCUGAGACCAAGAAGAGUCCCAAAGAUGAUGCUAAGAAGAGAUGCGACACUCCUCCAUCCAAGAUGGAAGCAUUUGAGGUCUACAAGUCAGAGAGGGGCCAUGAGAUCAACCGCAUCCUGAAGGAAAACAAGUCUGUACUGAAAGAACGUCUGGCGCAACUCCACAACCUCACAGGGGUCAUUAACUCCAUUAAACGGGACAUUGACCACAUGCGCUCUGAACUCCAGCUGUAUAGAGAAGAGAGGCAGAGUCAGGGCCAGUUGGUGAGUGCAGACGGGGAGCCCGUGCUGGACGAGGCCGAGGUAACACUGCUUAUAAAACUCCGACGGGCCAAGGAUCAGUACAGGCAGAACUAUGAGGAACUGCUCAGCACCAAAGCCGAGGUGCAAUACUGCAGACAUCUUGUGGACCAGUGCCGCAUGCGCCUGUUCUCUGAGUUCGAGAGCUGGUACAACGAGUCCUUCCUGCUACCAGAUGAGGUUCUAGACAUCUUCAAAGACGGGGGACCUAUCAGAGCAGGUUUGGUGCCUGUGGACAAAGCUUUGGCUUUGGAGGGAGAUGAACAGGAGCACGCGGAGUUGCUUGCAGACAGUCCCAGUGCCACAUCCUUUUAUAAUGCAUAUAACAGGACAGUACAGAGGGUGAGACUGACACACACACACACACACACACAGAGGUACAGAAAACAAGGGAACUGUACUGGAAAUGUAUCAAUAAUUAGGAUUACUGAAAGACCUACACCAUAUACUGUGGCUGUUACCAAACAAACUGAAAUGCGUGUGUUUUUUCUUUGCAGCGAGCACCUCAUUGUACUGUUUACAGGAAGAGCAGCAUGGGACCUGACACAGACAAGCUCAAAUCGCUUGCAACCGUCACCCGAAGGGGGCGCUAACAUGACCACUACACCAUAUCUUGCCCAAAUAACUGUUGCUUACUUCCUUGUCUUGGCAGCGAUCGAAUUGUUUGGAAAGGAAGUGUGUAACUGUAAAAGACAUUAAUAUAUAAACUCACAUUUGAGACGGUGCUGAACUCGGAAAGAGAACUGGAGGUUAUAACAGAACGUUAUAAAGGUUCUAAACGUUGGACUCAAUAAAAUCCGUGCACAAUUAUGAGAACUGUUGAUCACGUGUAUUAGUUAUACUGUAAUGCCUUGUACAAGGGAAGGGUUUAAAGCGCACCUGUUUAUGGUUUUUCAGAUAUUAUCUUUUAUGUAGUGUGUGUAUAUAGAGCUGUUUGUGAAUGUAAAAAAUCUGCAAAGUUUCAAACACCAAAGUGCACGACAAACAGAGUUAUUGACUCCCGAAAGAAGGAACCGAUGCUGAAACGAUUCGUUUGUGAUUCCAGACUUUACUUCCUGUACUGACCUACGUAGGUUUGUAACAAAAAGCCCCGCCUCCGGUCUUCAUCGGCUGCUCGCCGACAGCGACAAGUAGACCAAUCACAAGAGUGGGACGUCUGACCAAUCAGAGCAGAGUAUGCUCUCUGAAAGGAGGAGUUUAGAAUGAAUCAUUGAACGAGUCAUUUGUGACACUAGGGGGGAAAAAAGUUAAUGCUGCAGUUUAAAUUAUGAGCACGUUAAAGUGUUUUUUUGACCUCAGAUGCGUUUAAAUCUAUUGUAUGAGAGCUUUAAAACACAAUUAGGCACGUUUCAAAACCAUAAUAGGUGCGCUUUAAAGUUUUAGUCCAUGUGCUUUACAUUCGUCCUCUUUUGUGACUGCACUGUUUUAUUCCUAUGAUCAAAAUUAUAUACAUGAAGUAACUACUCGUAAGUGGCCGCUUCAGCAUGUGUUUAGUGCUACAUGCUUGUUAGUGCAGUUUUAAGCUUAUUUUCAUAUUGUGGGAAUCCAUCUGCGCACCUUUUUUUGAUAGCGGUCUUAAAAAAAAAAAAAAAAAAAAAAAAAUUGAAAAACUAACCCUCCACAACACAGCACCGUUGAUUUAUUUAUAUAUUGUGUUAAAGACAGAUUAGUUAUGAUGAAUUUUCCAUAACAGAAGCUCUGACCGUAGUGCUGGAAACGAAUCGAAUUUGAGUUGAUAACUGCAUCACACUACCCUGUUGUGGAUUAUUGUCCUGUACCAGCACACCUGUCGUGUUUUAUUCCUUAUUUUAACGUCUAAAAUAUGAAAGUGGAUGUGUAAAAUAAAGGUGAUUUUUAUUCGUCUUGGACACAAACUAUGUAAAAGCAGGAUAUAUGCAAAAGUACGUUUAUUUGUUUGUGAUUUAAACACCGCGAUGGCUAUUUUCAGGCAAAGAAACAGCUAAAUGUAGCAAAAUGUGAAGAAUUUACAAAAGUUUUUUUUUUUAAAGUUCAUUUUCGCUAAAAAUCAAUUAAUUAAUUAAUUAAAUGUGGCUGCACUUCAUUAAAAAUCUUUUCGUAUGAAUCAACCGAAGAAAAAAAAAAAAAAAAAAAAGGGUUGAAAGCAUCGCAAUCUAUUAAAAUAUGCCUCAGAGAUGUUGGACGUUGGUAUAAGGGGUAUAAAGGAGGAUCUUCACCCGUUAACAGAUACUCCAGUGAGUCCGGAGUGAACUAUUUGGCAACGGGUGUAGAUGAUACGGUCCCGGCGAUUAUCCAAGUAGAAAUCAACGUUCUACCAACAACAGGGUUGAUUGUGUGGAGGUUAUUUGUAAUACAUUGACGUUUAUAAUGGGUUUGAGGUCUGAAGGCAUUUUCUGAGCUCUAAAGAUGAGGCCUCAGCAGCAUCAUCUGCUCACUCAUUCAAAAACUAAUAUUGAAACCUAAUGAUAAGUCAUGUCUUUGGCAACACAUUUUAAACGGACUGCAGUCUUUGGACGCACAGAAUUUUAACGUGAUCCAGUGCCAAAAAAAAAAAAAAAAAAAAAAAAAAAGCAGCGCUGGCUUCUGCAGUAAAAACACAAAAGUAUGUAAAGAGCCACUUUGACACGUCGGCUUGUUAAAUGAAAAGUAAACUUUAUUAUUCCUGAACCACAAAAUAGACUUCUUUGGUUGUACAAAUUCACUAGUUACAGUCCUGAAUGAGCUCUAACCCCCACAUUCAGCCCCUCCAUCACCUAUGUAGCAAAAAAAAAAAAAAAAGAGGCCCCCAUCCCAAAGAAAUCAAGAACAAGAAAGAUCAAAAACAACUGCUGCAAAAAAUGUAGUGAAUCCCAUUCAUUAAUUGUGUGAAAACAUGAUUUCUGUCUUUACAAAAAUACAAUGAUCAAUCAGCCAUUUCCCAAAGUGUCAUGAUCCAAAACUGGAUUUCAGUUAGCAAGAGCGAGAUGAAAAACUACAGUUAGUAAAGAUAAAGACAUUGUUGGACAUGAUAGUGACCACAGUGUUGAUGGCAGCUGGUUUGAGAAUGAUAAAAUGAUGUGUUCAUCAGAGAGGGAUGAAAAUAGAUGUUUUUUUUUUCCUCGCGCAGGAUUGAAAAACAACAACGACAACAACAACAAAAACGACGCAUUAAGCCAAUAUACAUGCAGUCUGGAUCCCACGGUCACUGCACACGCUGGCUCAGUUCCACCUUAGAGUUUUGCUUCUCACAGCAUUUUGUACAUUAUUCACACAAGGUUAAGUAAUUGGCUUUAGACCGAAAUCUAACUGGAAAAGAAAACUGGAGUAGACGUUCCAGAGACUAAGUAUAUGAACAUGAGUCACAUGGAAAAAAAAAAGAAAAAAAACAAAACAAAACAGGGGAACAUAAAAUUUUAUCCCCCAACCCCAGUGUUACAUAAAUAGAAAGUAUGGUACCAUAUUUUGAUAAGAUGGACACCCGGACCUUCUCUUCAGACUCCUCCUUUAAAGUUCAUGG